UUUCGCUCCAUUUUCCUGAGAAAAUAUGAGAGAGGGAUACACGCCGAAACCCCAUUGAAAGGUUAGAGAGUAGGGAGUCGAUAGAGAAUGGUGCAUUGCGGCGGCGACGGCGACGGCUUUACCAAAACCAUUUGCUCACUCUGCUGCAAAGACUUCGAUCCCGUUGUCGAGGACCUCCAAGUCAUCUCAAUCUGCGGCCAUGUCUUCCACGAACUCUGUCUGCAAGAGUCGUUCGGGUACUAUGCGAACAAGAAGAGGAACAGUUGCCCGGUGUGCAAACAGAGUUGCAACCUAAACGACGUCGUCCGGGUUUAUUUUCAAUGGGCGGAUCCGAAUCUCAGUCAGAGUCAGAAUCAGAGGUCGAGUGGCCAAUGCGAGGAAGACUCCGAGGCGCUGCGGCAAGAGGUGAGGAGGUUGGAGGCCGUGGCGCAAGGGCUUGCUUCGGAUUUGGAGCUCAAGGAGAAGGAGCUCAAAUUGGUCAAAGAAGAGCUUUGUCAAUCCAAGGUGCAGGCAAAGAUAGAAGUUGCAUUAAAGAAUGAAGCCUUGAAACAGCGUACAUCUGCGCAACAGCAGCUUCAAAUGAAAUCUGAGGAAUUUGAUAAAUUGACUUUGGAGAGUUUAAGGUUGCGAGAAAGAAAUAAGGCAUUGGACAAAGAGCUUGCAGUGGUCAAAUUGGUAUCUGACCUAGAUCUGGAUAAAGAGGAUGUCUCAAAGCUUGCCACUUUUGGUGAUGGGGCCAACAACAAAUACAUAAUAGAUGUUUUAAGCAUUUCCUUUGCAAUGUCUAAUAGGAGUUGCAAGGAAUGGAUGAAUAAAUGUGUUCUUCUUGAAUGAAAAGAAGCUCGUUACAGUAAAAAACUAGAGAAGGCUAAAAGAAAGAUAAAUAAGUGGAAGUCAGUAUCAGACGAAGGCACAAGAUUUGGAGACUGCUGUUGAAGUAAAGAGCACUGAACUUUUGAAGGCUUUAAAAGCUUUAAAGAAAGCUUCAAAGAAAGCUGGAGUGGCAGCUGCUGAAACAAAGAAAGAAACUUCAGUCCAUGGGCUAAGGAAUCUGGCUGAGUCGCUGGGUUUUAUCAACUGGUACAUGUAAUGAUGCUGCCAAGACUCCAGCUUCUGAUAUUGCUGAAGUUGUGAUUAUUGACGACGAUGAACAAGUUCAACCGAUGCUGAACAUCAAAAAGGAAUGUUGUGUUCCACAACCACUUCCCAGACCAGGUAUAUUAUAGAUGCAUUUUGGGUUUAGUUGGGCAAUACAUCAUGGGCUUGCUCGGCCCUGAUGGCACAAACAGGUAUAUAGGUAAAUGGUGCAAGCCGAGGCAUAAGAAUGUAUCGGCAAUAACGCAAGAUCCAAUACCUAUGAGCUGAUGGAAGAGGAGGUAGAAUCAAAGUUCUGAAAUCUCCUAAUCAAUUAUGAUAGCGGGUUUAUGUGCUGUUGUUCACUUGAUUAAUUUUUGCCUAAAAUGCUUUUUCCGACCAAAUAGCAUCUGUUCUUAAUCAGAUAACCUAUUAUUUUUUGCGAGAGUUAAUCAGCUUUCCUUUUACAAGCGUUAAGAAUGUAGUUCUGUUUUACUUUUGCAGGAUUAAAAGAACUAAUUCACUUGAAAACAAAGAGGUGCGAGGACAGAUCCAAAGACAUAGAUUGCAGGACUAAGAGGAGAACUAAUUCACUUGGAAAAAGAACAGUUGUGUAGUGUCUUAAGGUCCUCCCAGUUUGUGCAUGUGGUGUAUUUUGGGGCAGUUGCUACUUCAAUUUUGCAGACAAACAUGUCGACGAAUUUUGUGGUCUUAAGACUGGUUUUAAAUAUUAAUGUAAAUUCUAUCUUCAUCCAUUAGUGAGAAAUUAAGUUUCCAAUACUUGUGAUUGCAAUUGCAGACAUGAAUUAUGGAUGACA